AUGGGCUUGGAUAUAAUGAAGAACAAGCAGUACAGCAUGUCGGGUCGGGCAGAUAAUGAAUAUGAUUAUGAAGAUGGUUCAGGAAAAACGACUCAAAGAAAAAGGGGAAGUAAUGAUGAUAAGCUAUCUGGGAGGGAUAUUCGUCCAAGGCGUAUGGCAACUCAGGAAGAACGCUGCUUCUUUUGCUUUGAAAAUCCUAACAGGCCAAAACAUCUGACUGUGUCAAUAGCAAAUUGCACAUAUUUGAUGCUGCCUCAGUGGCAGCCUGUGGUUACGGGCCAUUGCUGCAUUUUACCUAUUUCACAUGAAUCAGCCACAAGAAGUGUGGAGAAAACUGUUUGGGAGGAAAUUCGCAACUUCAAGAAGUGUCUGAUUAUUAUGUUUGCAAAGCAAGAGAAAGAUGUGGUUUUUCUUCAAACAGUUGUGGGCUUGGCAAAACAACGUCGCCAUUGCUUGAUUGAGCGCGGUUCAUUUUCGCUUGUUGUUGAGUUGGCUAUUGAUGAAGCAGAGGAAGAAUGGAGCCAGCACAAUUCAAAAAACCUGAUAGAUACAAAGGAUGACGACAAUUUCAAUGUGAUCAGAGGCAUGUUACAGCUAGCUGAGGAAGAUAUGCAUCGGCGACGUAGAUACGAAUCCGUUGAGGUGCAAAAGCAGGCUGUAGCAAACUUCUUACAAGAUUGGGAGCCUUUUGACUGUUUAUUACUAUAUGGUAAACUAUAA